ACUAUGUGCCGAUCAAAUUUCCGUAUUAAACUCGAUUUGUGCAAAUUUUACAAUGAUGUGCGUCGUUUUUCUUGGAUAUUCAUUGAUAGUACAAAAAUGUUUCAAAUUAUUCAUGUAAUAGAACAUAUUGUAAAAUUAUUCAAUAUCAAUGAGCCAUUUCAUUUAUUAUUAAAUGAAGUUGAAUAUUUGCCACCCAAUGAAGACAUUCGUAUUCUGAAGGAAAACGAAACAGUCCUGGUUUCUCCUGGAUCUGGAUUGAAAAAUCAGUUUGAUUUAGCUGUAAGUACUACUGUUUUACCAGAAAACCAAAGUGGAGAGAAGUCAAGAAACAUACCUGUAAAACUAGAGCAAACUAGAAAUUCAUAUCAACAUAAUCAAUUACAAACUAGUCUUUCUUCUACGUUAUCAAGCACAGUCCCACGUAUAGUAUCGUGUUCAAUUAAACAAAUAACAUCAAAUCCAGUCGAACAGACAAUAUCAGAUUCAGUUGAAAGGAUAAUAUCAAGCCCAAUUGAACAGAAGAUAUCAACUCCAGUUACACAAGCAGUGUCAACUGCAGUUUCACCAGUAGUAUCAACACCGAUUCAACAAAGAGUAUCAAGUCCAGUUGAACAAAAAGUACCAACCUCGUUUCAACAAACAGAAUCAAUGUCGGUUCAACUAUCAAGCGACUCCACAACCAAAUCACAAGGUGAAAAUUUCUCAGUACGCCCGAAAAGAAGAAGAUACAGACGUGCACAGAAGAUAUCAACUCCAGUUACACAAGCAGUGUCAACUGCAGUUCCACCAGUAGUAUCAACACCGAUUCAACAAAGAGUAUCAAGUCCAGUUGAACAAAAAGUACCAACCUCGUUUCAGCAAACAGAAUCAAUGUCGGUUCAACUAUCAAGCGACUCCACAACCAAAUCACAAGAAAAUUUCUCAGUACGCCCGAAAAGAAGAAGAUACAGACGUGCAAAGAAGAAAAUACAGACUGAAUAUUCAGAGAUUAAGAAAAAUAAAAACAAUUUAAAGAAGCCCAUGAUUAUAAAUUAUUGUACUAUUCCCUGUGGCAAACAUAUUCGUUUUGAUAAUAUAGAUGAUAAAAAUAUUACAGAAAAAGAUACUACUUCUGUAGAAACAAUGAAUAGUGCUAAUACAACUAAUGUAUCACCUCCUCAUGAACUUGCUAAUUUAUUAUCAUUAGGUCAAAAUUCUACUCCACUUACCUUUACAAACAUUAGAGCAAAGGAUGAAAUCAAAGUAGAGCCCAUAUCUGAUGUAGAAAUUUCCUCCAAUCAAUCCUCUGAAAAUAUCAAAAAAGAUACAACAUUAAUUAAUGAAGUAAAUUUAUUAAAAGAAGCAUGGGAUACAGAUUAUGGAGUGUAUCCAAUUAUGACAACAAAACCACAACUUGAAGAUGUUAUUGCAUUUCAGAUAUUCAAAACAGGAAUGUAUUAUGAAUCAGGAUUAUCAAAAUUUAUCGUAGCAAAAGUUAUAUCUUAUUGUGCAGAAACAUCAUUGUACACCCUUAAAAUAUCACAAGGUUUAUCCGAAAUACAAGAACCAAAUGGAGAGCUUACGCUUACAACAGGGGAAGAAGAAUGUGUAAUAAAUGAUACUAUUAAAUUAAAUUAUACACGAAUGUUCGAACCACGUCUCGUAUCUACAGAUACUUUAAACAAAACAAUUAAUCCAAGACGAAAGUGCAAGUGUCUGUCCGAUUAUGUUCUGCUACUUAAUUUUCUCGUUUAUAUGUCCGAAAUUCUGGUAGCUGAUUACGAUUUGUUGCUUAAUCAGUCUAUGUGUCGAUCAAAUUUCCGUAUUAAACUCGACUUGUGCAAAUUUUACAAUGAUGUACGUCGCUUUUCUUGGAUAUUCAUUGAUAGUACAAAAAUGUUUCAAAUUAUUCAUAUAAUAGAACAUAUUGUAAAAUUAUUCAAUAUGAAAGAGCCAUUUCAUUUAUUAUUAAAUGAAGUUGAUUAUUUACCACCCAAUGAAGACAUUCGUAUUCUGAAGGAAAAUGAAGCAGUCCUGGUUUCUCCUGGAUCUGGAUUGGAAAAUCAGUUUGAUUUAGCUGUAAGUACUACUGUUUUACCAGAAAACCAAAGUGGAGAGAAGUCAAGAAACACACCUGUAAAACUAGAACAAACUAGGAAUUCAUAUCAACACAAUCAAUUACAAACUACUCUUUCUUCUACGUUAUCAAGCAAAGUCCCACAUAUAGUAUCGUGUUCAGUUGGACAGAUAACAUCAAAUCCAGUAGAACAAACAAUAUCAGACUCAGUUGAAAGGAUAAUAUCAAGCACAAUUGACCAGAAGAUAUCAACUCCAGUUACGCAAGCAGUGUCAACUGCAGUUUCAUCAGCAAUAUCAACCCCAAUUCAACAAAGAGUAUCAGAUCCAGUUGAACAAAAAGUACGAACCUCGUUUGAACAAACAGAAUCAAUGUGGGUUAAACUAUCGAGCGACUCUACAACCAGAUCACAAAGUGAAAAUUUCUCAGUAUGCCUGAAAAGAAAAAGAUACAGACGUGCAAAGAAGAAGAUGCAGACUGAAUAUCCAGAGAUUGAGAAAAAUGAAAACAAUUUAAAGAAGCCCAUGAUUAUAAAUUAUUGUACUAUUCCCUGUGGCAAACAUAUUCGUUUUGAUAAUAUAGAUGAUAAAAUUAUUACAGAAAAAGAUACUACUUCUGUAGAAACAAUGAAUAGUGCUAAUACAACUAAUAUAUCACCUCCUCAGGAACUUGCUAAUUUAUUAUCAUUAAGUCAAAAUUCUACUCUACUUACCUUUACAAACAUUAAAGCAAAGGAUGAAAUCAAAAUAGAGCCCAUGUCUGAUGUAGAAAUUUCCUCUAAUUUAUCAGAUUUAUUAAAUGAAUCAUGGAAUACAGAUUAUGGAGUAUUUCCAAUUAUGACGACAAAACCGCAACUUAAAGAUGUUAUUGCAUUUCAGAUACUCAAAAUGGGAAUGGAUUAUACACCACAAAUAUCAAACUUUAUCGUAGCAGAAGUUGUAUCUUAUUGUGCAGAAACAUCAUUAUAUUUUUUUCCUGUAACAGAAGGUUUAUCUGAAAUGCAAGAACCAAAUGGAAAAUUUGCGCUUACAACAGAAGAAGAAGAAUGUGUAAUAAAUGAUACUGUUACAUUAAGUUAUGCUCAAAUAAUAAAACCACGACUUGUAUCUACACAUGCUUCAAAACAGAACAAUUAAUCCAGUUAAAUCUAUUGAAUAUUAAUUUACAUAUUUAUUUUAUAUAU